GCUACAUAUCAAAAGCCAGAAACAAAUGUCAUUAGCGUGUAAGGUCCCAAAGAAACAAGAUGUUCUUCACAUCCUUUUUUGUCUGCAUCUACUGGACUGAUGUGAUAGGUGCAGCACAAGUAAUUCACAAGCCUGUACAAACAGUUACAGUUGGAACCAAUGUGACUUUAGGUUGCCAGUUGGCUGGAAAGCAUGACAUUGUUCAGGUCACCUGGCAGAAGGAGCAUGAAAAAACCAAAACCAACAUAGCUACAUACAGUGAAUCUCAUGGCUCUAGGGUGCUGGGGAAAUAUCAAAGUAAUGUGCAACUUUUCCAACGUGGCAUGACCAUUUCUGCCAUCACCUUCUAUACGGCUGCUUUGACUGAUGAAGGCUGUUAUGACUGUAUCUUCAACACAUUCCCCUUGGGAGCCAUCUCAGCCAAGACAUGUCUCAGGGUUUAUGCUCUCACAGAACCUAGAGUGAGUGUGAAGCAUGUUAUUGAUCCAGACAAUGCUGGAGAAAGGGUCCUGGAAAUCAGUUGCUCAGCAACAGGAAAGCCAGAGCCAGUGAUCACCUGGAAGGCCAACAAACAUCUCCGGAUCAAGCCAAAGCAAUACGUCACCCAGCACUUCAACAAGACUGUGACUGUGGUCAGCAAUUUCACUCACCUAUCCUCUCAAGUUUUCCGUGAUAACCCGAUAAUCUGUGUUAUUCAUCAUCCAUCUUUAAACACUACAGAAGAGUUGGCUGUACCUGUGACUGUCAUGGAAGAAAUUCCAACCAACAAUCCAGGAACUGACAUCACACUUACUAUCUGCAUUUUGGUUUCUCUGGUUCUCCUAUUUUUCGUAUUCUGCUGCUGCUGCUGGAAACUACUGCGGACAGAAAAAACACAACGUUGGGCUUUUCCAGCAUGUCCUGGAACAGUACUGAAUGGAAAAUAUAUUUAUACUCUGCAAGAAGUCCCAGUGAAAUCUCAUCCUGAAGGAAAGCAUCCUGACAGAUGAAGACUCUUUGGACAAAAAACAUCUUUUAGGGUUUUGAAAAAUAAGCACUCUUAAUAUUUAUAUAGAAAAAAAAUGUAUUCAGCUGCUUCUCUUGAUACAAAGUUUACUGAAUCAACAGUUU